GAAUUACGUUCUCGAAGCGGCGGGUGACGGCGAAGCGGCAGCGGCGAUUGACAAAUUCCGUCUUAAUUCCGCAACUCAAUUUCUUUACUUUUCCUGUGUUGUGUUUGUUGUUGUUGAAUCGUAUACGUAGAGAGGAAAAUUUCAUUGUUUUUGUUUUCGUGGGCGGGCAAACAAAGUGGGCUCGGCUCAUAUUGACAAAAUUUUCGGUGUAACUACUACAAUUAAUUGGUUUUUUUUUUAUGAACUUUUUUGUUUGUUUUGUGAGAGACCAAAGUAAAAGAUGGCAAGUGAAAAGCCGCGCGAAAUUUCAACAGCCAAAAGGGCUGUCUUUCAAGUGAUGGCCGGCGGAUCUGCCGGCUUCCUGGAGGUUUGCAUUAUGCAGCCCUUGGAUGUGGUCAAGACACGCAUACAGAUUCAAGCAAGUCCCGUCUCAGCAGCUGUCAGUGAGGUUCACUACAAUGGCGUCUUUGAUUGCUUUGCCAAGAUGUAUCGCAAUGAGGGCGUCACCUCGUACUGGAAGGGCAUUAUGCCGCCCAUUCUGGCCGAAACGCCGAAGAGGGCCAUCAAAUUUCUGGUAUUCGAACAGACGAAACCGCUAUUUCAAUUUGGUGAACCACAACCCACACCCUUGACCUUUUCGUUGGCCGGUCUAACGGCUGGCACUCUGGAAGCCAUUGCCGUCAAUCCGUUCGAGGUGGUUAAAGUCGCACAACAGGCCGAUCGUCAAAAGAAAAUGCUCAGCACAGGAACCGUGGCCAGGGACAUUGUGAGACGGGAUGGUUUCGGAUUGCGGGGUCUAAACAAGGGUCUGACCGCCACCAUGGGUCGCAAUGGUGUCUUCAAUAUGGUGUACUUUGGAUUCUAUCACAGUGUGCGGAAUGCUGUGCCCGUUGCCCAGGAUCAUCGGUGGGAGUUCUUGCGCAAGGUGGCCAUUGGUUUCUUGGCUGGCACAUUGGCCUGCUUUGUUAAUAUACCCUUUGAUGUGGCCAAGUCGAGAAUCCAGGGGCCACAGCCAGUGCCCGGACAGAUUAAAUACCGCGGCACCUUCGCUUCCAUGGGCAUUGUGUAUCGGGAGGAGGGUUUCCGUGCCCUCUACAAGGGUUUGGUGCCGAAGAUUAUGCGUCUGGGACCGGGCGGUGCCAUUCUGCUGCUCGUCUUUGAAUAUUCCUAUGAAUAUCUAAUGAAGAACUAUUCCUAGAAUUUAUAAGAGACCUUUCAAUGGGUUUUCUAACUGUUUUUGGCUGUAUUUUGAUACUUUCAUUGUUAUGCCUUUUUUUUUGUAUGUGUGCGAUUCCAGAAUGCGGCGUGUGCAUGUGUUUGAUUUAGUUUUUUGAAAAUAAAUAUUCAAAAGAUCGAAAGAAA